AUGAUAGAGUACGAGGGUGUGAGACGCCACCAGCUUUCGGACAACCUGUCCAGUCAGACGCCAUCCCAGACACACGAUGCUGCAUUCGGCAGGACUGGAGGUGUACAUCUGGACUUUGAGCGCCGGGCAAGGCAGAUCCGCGUACACGCUGGAUCUCUACUUGUUCCUGACGGGAGUUGUUUAACAAUGGCGUCCUCCAAGGAAAUACAACAAACUACGCGGCCGCUCUCGCACCGCCCGUCGAUCUCGUCGACCUCCGUACCGGGUGGACUCACGCUUAACCGACAAUCACACUCCCGAAAUAACUCGCACUCGCACUCGCUUCUCGGAAGCGCCCUCAAUGGCGCCCACCGCGUCACACGCCGCAAGAGCAUGACAAACACAGGUGCGAACGUGGCAGCGGUAGCCGCAGCUCUUCAGGAAUCCGGGGAUAUGGCCAUGCCACUUCCAAUUGCCGCAGGCUCCCGGCGAAACACCAUAUCCAAGAACGGCCUCUCGCGGUCAGCUAUCGUGGGGAGCCUCCCAUCACCGCCGGCAAGCCUCCCGACGCAUAGAUUCGCGACAGGACAUGGGGCAGCCAACGCGCAGGAGAGUGCAAUCGACGACGAGCUCAACGAAAUGUCCGGGGACGAGGCCGAAUCGGCCUUCCAGAAGGCUCGCACGAGAAGAGCUAGCGACGGCCAGCCCCUGGUGAAGGAAGGCGGCCGGAAGAUCAACCGCCCGGAUCUUCGCUGCGAGAAGUGCGGAAAGGGAUACAAGCAUAGCAGCUGCUUGAACAAGCAUUUGUGGGAGCACACUCCCGAAUGGUCCUACACUUCCAAGCUCUUGAUUUCCAAGCAUCAGCAAGUCCAGCUUCUGGAGGCCGCCUCGGUCCUGGUGGCCAUGAACAACACCCCGACGGCCACUGCCGCACCCACCGUCACGACACCCCCAGACUCGGCUCGGGACUUUAUCAGCGAUCGAGACUCGGCGUCCCCCGCCGCGAGCGGAUACUCGGAGCAGCAGGACCGUGGGUCGGCCGACACGACGCCGCCGCCGCAGCUGGACGCCUUCAACGCAGCGAACGCGUCCUACAGGAGUUUUGGCAAGAGGUACAGCAACGGAAGCGGCUUGUCCCGGUCCUACCAGACGGCACCCUACGGCAGCUCGGUGGCAGACAGCGUCCCGAGCGUGUCGGGCUUUGGACAUUUCCGGCAGCUUAGCCAGGACCAGAGGCCCACAUCGUCGGGGAGGAACGCCACCGGCCAGGAUGACCGCGAGCUUGCGGCCGCCGUGGAACUGCUCAGCUGCAGCUUCAACAGCAAUGGCGGCUCACGGACGGUUCACCUCCCCGCCGAUGCGCCGCCGGUGCCGCCGCUCCCGGCACAGUAUCUCGACCAGGGGAUGUUGUCAGGCACGAGCUUCAUCAACAGCUACCCUAGUAGGGCGCCGGAGAGCUUCACGCGCGGCGAGAUGCGGAGGGUGGACGCAAAGAUGGAGGAGAGCGGCGAGAGUGUCAUGGACGAUGACGACGACGAGGACAUGCGGUCCCGGGCGCGGAGCGACGAGGACGACGACGGUGUCUUCGGUAGGAUGGAGGAAUGA